UAAGACGCAGCGCAUCAGACAGUUUGACAUUUGAGAGAGUGAGACCGAGAGAGAAGCACAAUGGAUCAGAUCAGAUGGAUUAUAAUGUCUUCAUUUCUGAUGCUGCUGGUUCAGUUUACAGCUGCUAGGACAUUUUCCUACCCUAUUGUCAAAGUUGGAGAUGACGUCACUUUGUCGUGUGAUAAUGGGAUGGAUGACCAGGAUCAGUGUGAAGGUGUUAUCUGGUUCUUCGUUAAUCCAGGAAACGAAGGCUUGACGCUGUUUGAACACGGGCAGAUUCAAGCUAAAUCAGACCGACUGAGUGUUACGGAGAACUGUUCUCUGGUCAUAAAGAAUAUCAAACAUGAUGAUGUUGGUCGUUAUGAUUGCGGCCACUUCAGAUCAGGAAAACUACACGGUGAAGACACGGUGGCUGCUCUGUAUGUUGUUAACAUGUCUGAACAGAAGGAUGAUGAUUCGGUCACCUUGGUCUGCUCUGUGUCGGGAUAUGCUUUUGGUUGUUUCCACACAGUGAGCUGGCGGUAUGGUGAGACUGACAUGGGGGCACCACGGUAUCCCUGUUCAGCCAUUGUAUUAUUUUUGACACAAUCUCACCUCAAUCCGAAGCAUUACAAGUUAUUGAAAUGUAAAGUGACAGAAGAUGACAGUGGAAAUGUGCAUCUGUUCACCUUCAGCCCUCUUCAGUCCUCCAAUGAGAUACCAGGUGAUGAUGCAACAGCUACAAUAUCUCCGACUGCAAAUGAAUCCGCAUUGACAACAGCAAAUAAAUGGACAGCAGAAGAGACAAACAACACGACAUCUGAAAACAACAAUCGCACAAAACCAGAAGAGACCGGGAUGAAGAUGAAGGUACAGUGAACUCCAGAGAGUCCUCUGCUGUUAAACAUCAUCUCAUCAUAUAUUACAUGAGUAGAUACCAAAAUGAUAUGUUGAUGGAUGACUAAAUGUGUUUUCUGUGCCGAGCUGUUUCUAUUUUAGUCUGAGCUGGACAAAGAUACUCAAGUCUUGAUCUGAUCUCAUAUUAAGAAGCCCCCCUUUGAGUCAGUCCAGAACCUUAACUUCAUCUAAAACAGAUCACUUGCUAUAUUCAUUUAUUUCUUAUUUAGCUUCCUUAAAUAAUGCUCUCACAUACUAAUACACAUUUAUACUUCUGUCCAUAUAUUUGAUCUAUAGUCUAUACACAGUAUUCAUAUCAUUCCUCCAGCUGUUUAUUCUGUAUAUCAUGUCUUAUAUUAGCAUUAACCUGCACUAUAUAUUUUAUACUUAUACCAGCGUUGCCGACUGUUACUGCUGCACAUGUCCAUACUUUAUAUAUCUUAGCGUAGUCAUAUCUUCCCACUACGGUUUAUUCUAUAUAUUAUAUAAUACUAUAUUAUAUAUAUAUAUAUUAUAUUAUAUACUAUAUACAUUACUCUGCAUGUUGCUUAUUCUUUCACUUAAAAUGUAUGUCAUGGUCUCAGUACUUGUACUCUGUGCAACAACAAUAAAGCUGAAUCUAUCUUUUUCCAUCAUA